AUGAAGCGUAGAGCUACCGCUAAGUCUUCUAGGGCGGUUCAUGCGAAGGCAGUGGGUGCAUGGGGUGAAUUUGAGGUCACCCAUGAUAUUACCGACAUCACGUCCGCCGAUUUCCUGAGCAAGAUCGGCAAGAAGACCAAAGUUUUGAUGAGAAUUUCUACUGUAGGUGGCGAAAAGGGCUCUGCUGACACUGUUCGUGAUGUCCGAGGAUGGGCCAUGAAGUUCUACACGGAUGAAGGAAACUACGAUCUGGUGGGCAACGACCUUCCGGUGUUCUUUGUCCGAGACCCGAUCAAGUUCCCUUCCCUGAACAGGAGCCACAAGAAACACCCCCAAACCAACGUCCCUGACAGCUCGAUGUUUUGGGAUUUCCAUAACAACAACCAGGAGGGCGUUCACGCCUUGAUGCAUCUUUUCGGUCAGCGCGGCGUGCCAGCCUCAUUGCGUCACAUCAAUGGCUACGGAGUGCAUACAUACAAGUUUGGCAAUGUUGCAGACGGUUCCUUCAAGUAUGUGAAGAUACAUUUCAAGCCCGACGCUGGAGUUCAAACCUUGGACGACGCCGAGGCUACCCGUCUUGCCGGCGAAGAACCGGAUUACCACGUGAAGGAUAUGUACAACGCCAUCGAGAACGGAGAUUUCCCCACCUGGACAAUGUAUAUCCAGGCGAUGAGCCCCAAGGAUGCAGAGACUUACCAUGUGAACAUCUUCGACCCCACGAAGAUCUGGCCACACAAAGACUAUCCAUUGAUCCCUGUUGGCAAACUUACGCUUAACAAGAAUCCGGACAACUACUUUGCAGAUAUCGAACAGGCUGCUUUCUCCCCAUCAACAAUGCCUCCUGGCAUUGGACCGAGUGCGGAUGUCAUGCUACAGGCGCGUAUGUUCUCUUACCCUGAUGCCGCACGGUAUCGCGUUGGACCGAAUUAUCAACAGCUACCAUGCAACAAGGCGAAGUACGUGUACACGCCCUUCCAGCGUGAUGGACCAGCGCGCAUUGACGGUAAUUAUGGAAGCGAUCCAAACUACGUUCGAUCGUCCUUUCUCCAGGCAGAGUCUAAGGAGGUUGAUGUUGCUCAUGAUGAGUGGGUGGGCAAGGUCGCCCUAUGGCAAUCUGAAGUCUCGGACGAAGACUUCGUGCAGGCACGCGAAUUAUGGAAGAUCUUUCUGGAGCAGGGCAACGAUCAAGUUUUCAUCCAUACACUUGGUGACAAUUUGAACAAGGCUUUCCCUGAUGUGCGAGAGGAAUCAAUCAAAAUGUUCGCCAAAGUUGAUGCCGACAUUGGAAAGAGGCUUCAGAAGCGCAUUGAUGAGCUACAAGCCAGCAACAAGACCACAAAAGAACACGUGAAGGCUCCGUAUGGGAUACAAGAAGCUUCUGGCGGUGGCUACUAG